AUGAGCUCGAUCAACGUGAAGAAGCUGAAAGUGAACGAGCUGAAGGACGAGCUGAAGAAGCGCGAGCUCUCGGAUAAGGGGCUGAAGGCCGAGCUGAUGGACCGCCUGCAGGCCGCGCUGGACGAGGAGGCCCUCGCAGGAAACCCCCCGGACCAGGAGGCUGCAGCGGCCGAGGGUUCCGGCCAGGAGGGCAUGGGCGAGGAAGAGGAGGGCGAGGGCCCCGUAGAAGAAAGCAUGGAGGCUAACGAGGAGGAGGAGGAGGAGGUGGCGGCAGCAGCGGUGGCGGCGGCGGAGGAGGAAGAAGAAGAGGAGCAGCUGGGAAAUGAGGGCGACGGCGAUGCUGUUGCCGUAGACGAAGAGAUGGGUGAGGGGGGAGAGGAUGGAGACGACGACGACGAGAUGGACCUCAUGCUCAAGGGAGAUGUCGACGACAUGGAGAAAAUCGACACGGAGGACGGUGAGCCCGCGGACCAGGCGGCUGAGGGGGAUGCGGACAAAGACACGAAUGCUGAUCAGAAGAAUAAGAAGGGUGUUAAGAGACGCCGGGAGGAACAUGGAAGGGGCUACUUUGAAUUUAUUGAAGAGAACAAAUACAGCUGGGCCUCAUUUAAGUCUCCUGUGCCCCCGCUGGAGGAAGAAGACGAGGAGUUUGAUGACACGAAGGUCUGCCUGGAUACAUACAACUGCGACCUGCAUUUUAAGGUGUCCCGGGACCGUUACAGCGCCUCAUCCCUCACCAUGGAGAGCUUUGCUUACCUCUGGUCCGGAGGCAAGGGCACCUACGGUGUGAACAAAGGCAAAGCGUGCUUUGAGAUGAAGAUUGCAGAGAAGAUUCCAGUGAAGCACAUUUCUAGCAAGAACAUGGAGAUUCACGACGUGCAGGUCGGCUGGUCCUUGUCCACUGGCACCCUCCUCCUCGGUGAGGAGGAACAUUCUUAUGCAUACUCUGGCAAGGCCAAGAAGACCACCAACUGCGUGACCGAGGACUUUGGAGAAACCUACGAGGAGAACGAUGUCAUCUGCUGCCUCAUCGACUUUGAGGGGGACGAGGUGGUGUUGUCAUUCUCCAAGAACGGCGAGGAGCCGGCCGUGGCUUUCCGGGUCCAGAAGGACUCUCUGAGCGGCCAGGCCCUCUUUCCACACGUCAUCUGCCACAACUGUGCUGUGGAGUUCAACUUUGGCCAGAUGGAGACGCCGUACUUCCCUCAGCCCCCCGGUUACACCUUCCUGCAGCAGAUCCCCGUGGACGAGCGCGUGAGGGGGCUCAAGGGGCCCCAGACCAAGGCGGACUGCGAGAUCAUUGUGAUGGUCGGCCUGCCGGGCUCAGGGAAGACCACGUGGGUGAAGAACCACGUCCAGGAGAACCCGGGGAAGUACUACAUCCUGGGCAGUGACACCAUUGUGGACAAGAUGAUGAUCAACAGCCUGAAACGCCAGUCAAAAGACAUCACGAAGCUGAGCGCCAUUUCCCAGAGAGCUCCUCUCUUCCUGGGGAAGUUCAUUGAGAUCGCCGCCCGCAAGAAGAGAAACUACAUCCUGGAUCACACCAACCUGUCGGCCCCCGGCCAGAAGAGGAAGAUGUGCCUGUUUGCAGGCUUCCAGCGCAAGGCGGUGGUGGUCUGCCCCUCCGACGACGACUACAAGCAGAGGGUCCAGAAGAAGGUGGAAAGCGAUGGCAAGGAAGUCCCCGAGCACGCCGUCUUCAAAAUGAAAGGCUUCUUCUCUCUGCCUGAGGAGGGCGAGAGCUUCAGCGGCGUCGUCUACGCCGAGCUGCAGAAGGAGGAGGCCGGCAAGCUGUUGGAACAGUACAAAGAGGAGAGCAAGACGGCGCUGCCGGCCGAGAAGAAGCCCAACCAGGGGAGCACGGCGCCAAAAAGAGGCGGCGGCCUGCGUGGCGGCGGCCGGGGGGGCAAGAACCAGUUUGGCCGUGGCAGUGGACCCGGACCCAGAGGCAGCGUUCGCGGAGGCUUCCAGAACCGAGGCAACUUCAGAGGAGCUCCCGGCCCCCGAGGCGGCUUCAACCGUCCACCUCGAGGCUUCCUGCCCCCCCCGGCCUUCAGGGGGGGCUUCCAUAGCCGUGGGAACUUCAAUCGGGGCGGUGGCCCAAUUCCCAGCCUUGGGGGAUCACCCAGGGGUGGACCAAUGAGAGGCAACAUGGGACCCAGGGGGGGUCACAUGAACCGAGGGGGUCCAAUGAGCAGAGGAAACAUGAGCAGAGGGGGCGGAGUCAACAUGCAUCGUGGUGGAUCCAGGGGACACCACAACCAGUUCCAGCAGAGAGGUGGUAACCGCGGUGGCAACUUUGGCAACUUUGGAAACAAGAAUGGCAACUUUGGGAACAACAGGAACAGCGGUAACUUUGGCAACAGGAACGGCAUGGACAAGGCCCAGGCCUUCAACCAGAGCUGGCAGCAGGGGUUCUGGAACCAGAAGCCGUGGAGCCAGCAGUAUCAGCCUGGAUAUUACUAAGACACUUGUGACGGACUGGUGGCCGACCCACCGCUAGCCACGGAACAUCCCUCCACGCCGCUUUUUUCAAUUUUACUUUCUCUAGGACCCACUUUUAAUAGUCUCAAGGCCACCAACGGACAAUGGCGACUAACGCGAUAUGGAGCAGCAGCAACAUUCCACAUCAGGGAGGAGACGGCCGGGCGCCACGAGGCGCCGCGCGUCUGUCCACACGGGCGCAGCGUGGGUUCAGUCUCAUUCUAUCAUCUGCUUUUAUUUCUUUCGAUGUAUAUUUUUUUGACACUUUUAAAUGAUGUGCUUUUAAAAUGAAAAAAAAUAUAUGUCAUGUUUGUUUAUUAGGAACCGGAGCCCCUUUGCCCGCCCGGGGCAGAUGCUAACAGGUUAUUUUAUUUCCCUUUUUUUUUUGUCCAGGGCUGUGCUUUUUACCUGUGCUGUGAUUUAUUUCAUAUUUUUGUGAGUUGCUUUUUUUAUUACAAAUUGUAAAUAUUUUUUCCCUUUUGGCUUCGUCUGUAUGAAAAGCAAAGCAACGGUUUGAUUGGAAGGAACCGUGGCUUGUUAGCCGGAGCAUGGUAGCUGAUGAUACUGUUCGUAUACUGUACAUGUCAAGAGUCUGCCGUUGAACCCAAGCAACAGAUGAACUGUCUUUUGUUGCCAGUAUCGAACCUGUAACCUAAACUCCGUAGACAAUAAACUCAUUGGCUUUUUACUUCUUGGCUUAUGACUCUUGAUUCGGUUCAAAGGUGUGUAAAAGACCUUUGAAAGGGCAAAGUCCUAGUUCACUACUUCAAACGGUGAGGACUCCGCCCUCCUUUAACUAACUCCUCCCACGUAUUCCUGCUAAAUGUCCUUAAGUAUUCACAAAGUAUUCGGACCGGACCACUUAAAGAACCUACGCUAUAGUUCCCGUUUUACAAUGAGAACCGUCACGCUUGGUUCUCUGCAGCUUCUUCAGCACAAUGAUGAAGGCAGGCAGGGCUCCUCUUCGCCAGCGAACGAGGGCUACGCAGCACCGCCCCCAGGGGCCGUCGUGGGGGGCCGUGGCCCCUGCAGUGAUGGCAGAGGAAACCCUGCUUGUGUUGAACAGACAGAACCGUCGCAGCGGCGGGUUCUACUUCCUGUGUUUAUCGACAUGUAAAUACGUCUCCACUAUUUCAGCUCGUGCACGGAUUCAUUGGCUCGGAGUAAUAACUGUAUUGUGAUUGAAAACGUGUUAGUUGGCUCCAGUUACGCUGUGAUGAAUUUUCAACUAUAUUUAAAUGUGACUUCUUGCACUCGUGUUUUUCUCGUACUGGAUGCGUGAUGCGAGCCGUACUUCAUAACCUUUAACACAAUAGACUAUAUUUUUAUCGCUUUAUGUUGCAGGUUGUGAAUCAGGUCUUUUAUUAUUGAACCAACAAUGCAAAAAGCUUUGGGACUUGUAGAGAUUUGUUGUCUUUUCUAUCUUACGGUUUUUGAUAUUUGUGUUUUAAAAACUUGGACUGUCUUUUUAUUUGUCUCAACUCUAUUAAAGGUAAAUAAACUGUUA